AUGUGUGGAAUCUUGCUCUGCAGAGAUCCCGGUCGUCAAUUCAACGACGAGCACGUUGAGUUUGCAGAGGCGCAGCCAAUUGAGAUCCCGGGUGGUUUAGAUGCGCAGGCCCGCUGGAUUGCCAGCACUCUGCCCUGUAUUGCCGCUAGAGGUCCCAAUUUUGCGUCGUGGAGAGGCUCCGCUGAGUACAGCACCGCGUGGUUUUCCUCCGUGUUAAGCCUGCGGCAACCGUUCACCAAACAGAGUUUGGUUGUGGACGGCAGGUACGUUUUGCAAUUCAACGGUGAACUGUACAACGAUGAGAUCGAAUUCAACGACACUCAGUAUAUUGCCGAUAUGCUGGCUCGCGGAGAGGCAAGCAUCCCAGAUAUAAUAGCAAGGCUCGAUGGUGAGUUUGCGUACACAAUAUACGACACAGAAGACCAAAAAUACUAUUUUGGUAGAGACGCAAUCGGGAAAAGAAGCUUAAGUUACUACGUUAACACCUCAAAAGAUCAACUGUACGUUUCCAGUGUUACAGGUAGAGUCGAGGACAUCGAAUUUAGGGACUGCAUCGCUGGGAUAAUAUACAUAUAUGAUGCCAAAAACCAACAUCUAGACGAUUCCAAUCACAUAUCUGAUCCCUACACAGUGUCUCCACUUGUGGACGAAAACUUUACUGAAAGGGGGGAGCACAUUGAGAAGUUACAUUUCCAAUUAAAUCUAGCGGUAGAGAAAAGGAUAAACUCUAUCCAUCCAAACCACAUUGAAAACUCUCCAAUUUCAGUCUUGUUCUCAGGCGGAUUGGACUGCUCGGUAAUAGUUGCACUUAUAUGUAACCAGCUGUCAGGUAAAGCCAGAAAAACAGUGGAGCUGCUAAACGUUGGCUUUGAAAACCCUCGGACAGGGUUGGUCCCUUCAGAUAGUCCAGACAGGAAACUGGCAAUCGAAAGUUAUAAAACACUACAACAUCUGUACCCUGACAUCGACAUUCGCCUCAUUGAAAUCGAUGUACCGUAUGAGGAGUACCUGAGGGCAAAACCCAAAGUAAUAGAUUUGAUGUUCCCAAAACAAACGGAGAUGGACCUCUCCAUUGCCAUUGCGUUUUAUUUUGCAUCAAAGGGAGAAGGAUCAAUUACUGACAAGUCGACAAAGGGAAAAAUUGCUUACCAAAGGAAGGGGAUAGUGCUCUUCAGUGGGCUGGGUGCAGAUGAACUGUACGGAGGCUACCACAAAUUUGCCAACAAAUCCUUCCCGGACUUGCAAAUAGAACUCACCCGUCAAAUUAACAACAUACACGAUAGAAACCUGAACAGAGACGACAAAGUAAUUGCAUCUAAUGGGGUGGAGAUACGAUAUCCGUUCUUGGAUUCCUCUGUCGUUAAGUUUUCCACAGAGGACUUGCCCAUUAAUUACAAGAUUAACAAGCUAAUAUUGAGAGACUUAGCGGCCACUAAGCUAAGUUUAGGGAGUAUUUCACAAGAGCCCAAGAGGGCAAUCCAGUUCGGUAGCAAAAGUGCCAAGAUGACUAAAGACGGGAACAAACAUGGGACGGAUCGUCUCACUUAA